CCAUGUCGCGGGGCUCCCGCCUGGCGCUGGCCGUCUCCGCGCUGCUCUCCGCCGCCAUCGUGGCGGCCGUGCACGUCCAGCAGCGCCGGGAGCUGGAGAGGCUGCGGAGUGGCGUUGUCAGAGAUCUUGAGCGUCAGAAUCAGAAAAAGGAGAACAUUCGCCUGUUAGAAGAGCAGAUUGCUCUGACAAAGCAGCUCCUGGAAGAGAGAGACAAGGCGCUAAUGGAAAAACGUUCGCAGCAGUCCUAGGCGCUGGCCUGGCUCCUUAGA